UUACGGCCACUGUCCCAUACACCGUCAGCAGGAGUCAAACGAUUGCAUCCGAUUUUUAGGGGGAAUGGAAAGAGAGCCUGUGACGCGACUUUUGGACGUUAACAUCCGUUAAUAGGGGCACACUCCAUCUUAACUCCUCCACAUUUAUUCGAUUGGUUGAACAGCGCAAAAGAGAACCUUCCCGACAGUUAUUUUCUCUCGUCAGGACCAGAAAGAAAGAAACACCACUCAGGCGUUUCUUUUACGCCUGCUGGUUUACUCUCCAUAGGUUGUGUUGUACGACAUUAGAUACGGUUGAACUUCAGACUGGUGACAAGACAACGCCAUAGUUAAAUUGUGUAAUUUAAACGAGUUUAUGUCAAAUUCCAGAAGAAUGACUAUCUUUACAUGAAAUAAUAGAGACAUGGAUCGUUUAUCUUGUUUGAGUGGCUUCUGUUGAAGUUGAGUUUCCUCUAUUUUGCAGUUGCACAAUACAACGGACCUUUUUUUUUCCCAGAGAGACGGAUUCUCGGCAGUUGGGUCCAGUAUGAUGGAUCAGAGAGAUGUACAGGGCUGGUACCCAGCUGGAAAGGACCCCUCUCAGAGCCACCUGGGGGGGUCCUAGACCGCCAGCGACGAGUGGUCUCUCUACGUUAUUUUCUAGCCAAAAGCCUCAGUCACUCUCCCUUGCCCCUCUCUCAACCCUCUAGGUUUCAUCCCACAGCUUCUUUACCAAAUCAUACCCCAAGCUUGUACUCUUUAACUCCAGUCCACAGCCCAUAGUCCUCCAGUCUAACUGACCAUGAGGGGACAGAAGGUGAGCAUGUUAUUGGGCUGUGCUCUCCUCUGCUCCGCCUCUCUCCUGUACCUGGGCCUGAGUGGCAUCGACUGCCCUCGCCCCGACCACGCCCACCACCAUACCUGGGCAGACGCCCACCAGGGCUCCACCAAUCAGAGCCAAGCAUCUUCCAUUUACUAUGGCGAGGACACACCCCUCAUUUUCAUUGGUGGGUUCCCUCGGAGCGGCACCACGCUGAUGCGGGCCAUGCUGGACGCCCACGAUGCAGUGCGUUGCGGGGAGGAGACACGGGUGAUCCCGCGUCUCCUUGCCAUGCGUGCCACCUGGAGUCGCUCGGCCAGAGAGCGGGUCAGACUGGACGAGGCCGGGGUCACCGACCAGGUGUUGGACUCAGCAGUGCGGGCGUUCCUACUGGAGGUAAUAAUAGGUCACGGGGAGCCAGCAGCCAGGCUGUGUAACAAGGAUCCAUUUGCUCUGAAGUCUCUGUCCUACCUGGCCCGUAUUUUCCCCCAGGCCAAGUUUGUCCUCAUGCUACGGGAUGGAAGGGCUACCGUCCACUCCAUGAUCUCACGCAAGGUGACCAUCUCUGGUUUUGACCUGACUAGUUACAGGGACUGUCUAACUAAGUGGAGCCGUGCAGUGGAGGGCAUGUACUCCCAGUGCCAGGGGGCGCCAGAGGGCAGCUGUCUGCCUGUGCGCUACGAGCAGCUGGUACUGCACCCAGAGGAAGAGAUGAGGAAGCUGCUGAGCUUCCUGGGGUUGCCAUGGGACCCGGCCGUGCUACACCACGAAGACCUCAUCGGCAAGGCCGGCGGAGUGUCGCUGUCCAAAGUGGAGCGGUCCUCAGACCAGGUCGUGAACCCUGUAAACACAGACGCCCUGUCAAAGUGGGUGGGUCACAUCCCCUCUGAUGUGCUGCGUGAGAUGGACGACAUCGCCCCCAUGCUGGCCCGCCUCGGCUACGACCCCUUAGCCAACCCCCCAAACUACGGCCGGCCAGACCCCAUCCUACCCCACAACAACUACACACUGCUUCAGAGAACACCAGAAACCCCACAUCCCAGUUAGGCGGAAGAGGAAAAGAAAGAAUGGGAGGAACAGGAGGAGGAGGUAUGUUUUGAUGUGAGAGAGGAUGCCAAUCCCCAGUCCCGUCAUCGCCACCUCACUCGCUCUUGAGAUAACCUUCGGGCCAACUGGGAGCCCAAGGCUGGUUAGGAGACACCGCUAGAAACACUAUUAUGUAAUUGUGAUGAACUGAGAGAAUAUUAGGGUAGCACUGUAAUUCAUUAAUCAUAUGCUGUCUUCCCUGCUCCUCUGUUCUUACCUCUUUCCCUUUGUCUUUUACACCCUUUCUUACACCUCUCUACCCGCCUCCUCUUUCUUCCUCUGUUUUUAUAAUGCAUGUAUUGUGUAUUUAUAACACUUGGAUAAUUAACUUCUUUCGAUAAAGCAUUUCACCUUCUCUACUGGUUGAAAUUAAGUCUCUCAUUUGACGAAAUACUACACCUAUCCUGUGUCCUCAGAUCAAUGCAGAUGAAGGAAGUUUGAUAUUGAGAUGAACUGGUUUUAGAGUAUUUACAUGAUGCAUAGGAAGUGUAGUGUACUGUUUUUUAAAAUUCUGUUUCUGUAUAUAUGAAUUACAAAUCAGCCUUUAACUAGUUAAAUCAUGUUUCUAGUCUAUUGCAUAGUUACAAUGUGUAACCAUUGAUGUCCCAGGAACAGGAUUAGUGAACACUGUUGAAGUGUAUAAUUGUAAUACAUACAGUGCAUUCGGAAAGUAUUC